UACGGCAAUCCCUGUUCGACCACUAUCGCUUGGGAUCAUGACAAUCAAUGGAAACCAGGAGACUAUUCCCGUCUCUUUCACUCCGGACGGAGCAGUGGUCGUUUCAUACAAUGACUUGAAGGCAAGGCCCCUGUCGUUGACUCCCUCUAUUGAGCAAGCAUUUGGUUCACAUCCAGAGGCUCUUGGUGUCAUCAUCGUCCGCGAUCUGCCCCAGGAGUUUGUAGGAUAUCGCGAAAGACUGCUGAAACUGGCGUACAGGUUUGCUAAUGCAGACCCGGCCGUUCGCGAAAAAUGUGUUCAUGCACCCAGCAAGUACAGCUUCGGAUGGUCCCAUGGAAAGGAAAUCAUGAACGGGAAGCCAGACCUCUUGAAGGGCUCGUACUAUGCCAACCCAGUUGUCGACCAGCCCACUGUCUCCCACGAAGAGCAAGCCAAGUUCCCUGAAUACUAUGGUGCCAAUAUCUGGCCCAGUUCAGACGAGAAGAGUAUCGAAGGCUUCGAAGAGGCGUUCAAGACGCUGGGAAGAUUCGUGUUCAAGGUUGGAUGUGAAUUAGCGGAAGCUUGUCAGCCAUUCGCCUUGUCCCGACUAUCUGAUUCCACCCUGUCACUCCCUCAACUGAUCUCCACGUCCCAGACGACAAAGGCCAGGUUGCUCCACUACUUCCCUCCAGAGGAAGGCCAGUUGCCGUCCGAAGAUGAGCCCGUCGAUAGCUGGUGUGGAUUCCACCUUGACCAUUCACUUCUGACAGGCCUUUGCUCGGCCAUUUUCCUCAGGAAAGAGGAAAAUGGUGAACCCACAGUUGUUCCCUCUCCUUCUCCACAGGCAGGCCUGUACAUCAAAACGCGAGGAGGGGCCCUGACCAAAGUGAGCAUCCCAGCCGAUUGCCUCGCCUUCCAGACCGGAGAAGCCUUGGAGAUCGCUACUGGAGGAAAGCUUCUAGCAACACCACAUUGCGUUCGGGUCGUCAGCGGCGAAGGAUCAGAAAACAUCUCGAGGGAAACAUUCGUCGUGUUUAUGCAACCGAACACUGAUCAACAAUUAGACGGAAGUACAACAUUCGGAGAGUUUAGCAAGAAAGUAUUCGAUGAACAUUACGCUGCCGAAGGGAUGUGA